GACAAGUUUUUAUGAAUUGAAAUUAUUCCGUCUUUUUAUAUAUUUUUCAGAACUGUUUUUCGUUCCUAGCUUCACUUGAUUCUUGCCUGUUCUCUCACCUUUUGCAGAAGUCAUAUUAUGCAAGGCUAUGGAGUAUAUCUAUUAUCUAGUAUUUAUUUCCAGAUUUUCUCAGUCAAAAAGAUUCACAGUUCACGCCAUUGUUGAUAAAUCAUAUGACCAUCACUGAACCAACCCAUACAGAGAUGAUGAGAUCGAAAUUUCAUUGGUAGAGAAAACAGGGCUUUCAUUUAAAGGCGGGUAAACAUCACCACAGGUAAAAAGCCUGGUUUGGAUAAUCCUACAAAAUCAGCUUCAUAUCUCUUAUUUUGAGCAGAGGGCAGAGGAGCCAGACAUGCGGGACCUGAGCCGACUGACCGAUGAGGAUCUCAAAGCAUACCUGCGGCAGCACGGUUUCCAGGCCGGCCCCAUCACUGCUACAACGCGGUACGUCUACGAGAAGAAGCUUAAGAGACUGAUGGAGCCCAAGAGUCAGGCACAGAAGAACGGUUCAGAAGAUAAAGCAGUGUACUCUGACAGUGAGGAAGAGGAGAAUGAAGAGGAGCAAGAGCAGCCUGAUCCAAGUUUAGAGACUGUCACAUGUGUGGAGAAGGAGAUUGCCAACAGUAAGAUGGAGACCCACAGUAUGGCUGACUAUCACUGGUAUCCUCAGUGUUUUAUGCCACCCGCCAGACUGGUAAAGCGGCCAAAGAAAUCAGCGGAGCCCACUAGCUCAGCUCCCUCCACAUUCUCUGUGACUGAGCUGGUGGAGAAGAUUGAGAGGAGGCGGUCUUCUAUCGCAGAGCCAGAGCCAGAGUGGGAGAACAGUUGGAAUCGUGAGCGGAGACCAGAGUCCUGUGGAAGGCGGCCCCUACAGAUGCUGGAUAAGCUUACCAUGACAAACACGUCCCUACUCGACACUUCACCGAUGUCAACAUUCCGACAUCAGAUGGCAGUGCCUGUCACAGAUGUCCUCAUGGAGAUCUUUCCAGAGACAGAAAAGACACCAACUGGCAUUGUAGCAACGCGGCGCCGGCCAAUAAAGGGAGCCGCAGGAAGACCGGUGAAGUUCAAGUACCCGGACACCCCACUGAGCCCCAAAACGACAGGCCAGCAGGAGGUGCAACGCCACAAGUUCCCGAUCUGGGUCCAGCUACUCUGCUUCCUCAUCGUGACCUUGCUGUUGUUAGUCACCUACUUGGCCACGGAGGACACACUGAAGAGCUCGCUGACGCUGCUGCUGGACAAUCUCAACGAAGUGCUGGCAGCGCCCAGCGUCGAAGAUGCUCCCUUGAUAGCCGACGCUGCUGUGCCCCUUCUCUCAGGGGAGUAGAGGGCACAUUUUUUUUAUAACUCUUAAUUUUUUUUAACACCAACUAAUUUCCAUCGCCCAUCAUCAAAUCCCAUCUCUGGAUUCAGCUAGAGAUGAUAUCAUUGUGCCUUACACAGACUGUGAAGCAGACAAAAAGCACAGACGCCACAUAUGAACUUGAACUGAAUGUCACAUUGCUCAUUAGGUGUUUAGCCUGUGUGGAGCCUUUUGUCUGGAGGAAAAUCAAGGGGAUCAAAAUAAUCAACAUGGUCUUAUUAGGUCUCAAUAGGUCUCAAUAGCAAUAUCAUUUUUUGAGUCAGUUUACAGUUUGACAUUCAUUUUCAGGUGUUUUUGACUUUUUUUGAUGUUAUGUUCUAAUGAUUUUGAUGUUCCUGAAUAAAGUAUUUGUAUAUC